AUGCCAACGAUCUAUAUUAAGGUUAAACCUGCUCGUUUCACCGACUAUGUUUUACAGGAUAUGAUUGUAACUAUUUUCAUUUCUGCAUUACCACUAGCUCGCGAGUCCAUGUUUUUAAUAGGCUUUUUAGACUCAAAAACUGCAAACAAGCAAUGUAUCAUUUCUGCUCUAUGUGGAUCCCUUGUAAUUCCUUUUAAGACAAAAAGGAGACUGUUUAUGUAUCGAUUCAUCUCUUGUAUGAUUCUAAAUUGCUCAUUGUUUUCGGUACUUUUCAUUCUUGGUAAUUGGACUGGCGUAUCCAAAAAGAAUUUCAGGACUGCGCUUUAA